AAAAAAAAAAAUUUAUACCAUCAGUCCAGAGAAGUGAAAUGCUCUAGAAACACACAGAAAUAGCAAGCAACCCCUAAUUCUGUAUCAGUUGAGUAUGAAUCAGUGCGAGGCGGGUAGACAUUUGAAUAGGGCGAAUACUCUUUCUCAGUAGUAAGUUGUUGACAUUGAAAUAAAAACAUCUCUGAGCAAAUGGAAGUAAAAGAAUUAGAAGAAACGCAACAAUUAAUAUGGAAAUCAGAAGAAGAGUCACCACCUCCACAAUCCAUGCUCUCCGUUACGGUGGCCCGCGUCAUCAACACUCUGCUCAGCGCUCGCCCCAAAAAACUCUACGACGCCGUUUCUCGCCUCUACCCAGACCCUAAUAAAAAAACAACCUCAGGGUCUUUGGAGGACUCUCUCUGGUUUUUACACAAGUAUGUAAACGACACCGUUGAGGACCAGGAUGCAUUUGAUCAAAUCCUUCUUCCCAUUAUUCAACAUUCGUGGAAGAAUGGAGGGCAGGCAAUGAUACUUGUUAACUGGCUAUUUCAAGACGAGCUUCUUUUCCGACCUCUGGCGACUAAUCUUGCCAACAUUAUCGUCAGAAAAGACGACCGUUAUAUAGCCCUCGCCUGGUGCAUUCUUGUCCGCAAUCUUCUCGAGUUUGAGACUUCCAUGACUCAAUUUUCAAUGAAUGGGAUAAGGGAGAGGUACAAUGAUGUUUUGAAGAUACUUUCUUCAUGUAUGCCACGUCUGUUAAGUAUUGUAUGUAAAGGAAGCACUUUGCAGGAUGGAUUUGAGUUGCCAUCUCGUCUCUCGGUGUCUGCAGCUGAUUGUAUGUUAGCUCUUACUGAAGCAUUGGCAAAAAAGGUGUCAAGUGACAAGCCGAAAUCAACUUCAAAUGCUUUGAAUCGGCCGGUUACUUUAGUGCCUGAAUCAUCUACUGGUGAUAAGAAAGUGAAACCAGCUUCUAAAUCUUCAGAAGUCUCAAACCUGGAAAUGGGACUUUUAUUUUGGGACCAUUUAGAGGAACUCGUUAAUUUAGUGCAGAGACUCAUUGCUUGGAGCAGAAAAAGUCGAUCUUUACAUGCUAAAGGAUUGGAAAAAGUGCUCAAGUGGUUGCAAGAGAUAAAAGGGCAAUAUGGAUGCUUUCAAGAUGAGGCAGGCUCAAAGAUACUCAAGACUGGAGUAACGUUACUCUCUUCUUGUUGGAAGCAUUAUGGCAUACUAUUACACCUGGAAGAUCGCAAAUUUUCUCAGCAUUACAAAGAAUUGUUGGAACAGUACUUAUCUGGCAUCCAGUAUUAUACAGACAGCAAUACUGGAGGGCAUAGCGAUAGUAAGGAUGGUGGUGUAGAGACCAGAAAAUUUUUUAUAAACUGUUUAUGCCUUUUAUUAGGGCGUUUAGACAGCAAGAAAUUUGAAAGCACCAUUGUGGAAUAUGGGAUGCAGAUAUCACGUGAACUUUUACCACAGCUUCAUUGCGCUAAUGAAGAUGUGAUAGACGGGGUUGUUUGCAUAUUUAAGGCAGUUAUAUUUAAGCCAACUUAUUCAUCUGGAAGCAGUCUAACUGAUACUAGACUGAUGGACUCCAUGCUACCGUUGCUGCUUCACCUUCUAGAUGAGCGGGAUGGCGCAGCUAGAGCUGUUGUUAAGCUGAUCGCAGAAUACUGCUCAGUGAGCAGAGACAGUCGGUGCAUUCAAGAAGUUUUAAAGCGAAUUGCUUCUGGAAAUGUUCUGCAGCGAAGGAAUGCUGUUGAUGUUAUUUCAGAACUUAUUUGCAAAUCAUCUGAUUCAAUAGAUGAACUUUCUCAUUUGGCAUGGCAAGAUGUAGCAAACCAAUUGCUAGAGUGCCUUGGAGAUGAAGAAAGUGUAAUUCGUGAGCAAGCCUCUAGUUUGCUUCCAAUGCUAGAUCCUUCAUUAGUUCUGCCAGCAUUAGUUCGCCUUGUUUACUCUUCAGAUGAAAGAGUUCAGUUAUCUGCUGCUGAUUCCUUAAUUAGGGUGCUCAAAUAUCAUAAUCAGAAAGUUGAAGUUAUUUGUAUGCUGCUUGACUGUCUGAGCAACCUCAAUCAGAGCCUAGAUCUUCCACAAAUUACAGGACAUAUAAGGGAAGGAUCAAAGUUUGAUAGCGAUCAAGUACUGAAGCUAAUCCCAGAGUGGUCAAAAAGUGUUCAAGACUGGAACUGUUUGAUUGGGCCAUUGAUUGACAAGAUGUUUGCAGAGCCAUCGAAUGCUAUUAUUGUUAGGUUUCUGAGUUAUAUAAGUGAACGCCUUGGAGAAGCUGUUGAUGUAGUCAUUUAUCAUGUUCUAUUGCAUAUGAAAGGACAGGACGACAGGAUUGAUGAAAGCGUUCUAUCACGAUGCGAGGGUAGAACCUCUACCAAUGAUGACCCUGUGAAAAUGCAGCAAUCUCUGUUUGAGCGCCUUUGCCCAUUACUCAUUAUUAGGAUGCUUCCAUUGAGAAUUUUUGAUGACCUUAAUUUGUCUGCCAUGUAUGAUAAACUUCUCAUUCAAGGCAUUAUGCAUGGCUGUGGAGAUAUCAACAAGCAUGAUAGUGUUGCUGCUUUCCUUCUAAAUAGGGCAUUUCAUAAGUUUGAAUUUGAAGAUGUACGGAAGCUUGCUGCUGAGCUCUGUGGUCGCAUUCACCCUCAGGUGCUAUUUCCAAUUCUCUGCUCUGAAUUAGAACAUGCAGCAGCUUCUCAGGAUAUAUUGAAGAUAAAAGCUUGUUUGUUUUCAGUUUGCACUUCCCUCGUGAUUAGGGGCAGCGAUUCAGUUAUGCAUCCUGUUAUGCUCAAGAUUAGGAAGACGCUAGAAACAGUUCUCUUAUGGCCUUCACUGAAUGGGGAUGAAGUUUCCAAAGCACAACAUGGAUGCAUUGAUUGUCUAGCACUGAUGAUAUGUGCCGAACUGCAAGCUCCAGAAUCAUUUGCCAACACCUCAGGAAAGAGUAGCAUUCUUGGGAAGAAAGGGGAUGCUGCCUCGAGAAACUCUAUCCUUGGUUAUGUGAUCCAUCAAUUUGUAGACGAUAAGAACAAAGAUGGUCCAACCUCCAAGUUGGGUAAUGAAAACUGUACACUUGAGGCACCAGUCCAUCUCUCUUUCCGGCUGUGCAUGGCUAAUGUUCUCAUCAGUGCUUGCCAGAAGAUCUCUGACUCUCACAAGAAACUGUUUGCUCGGAAGGCUCUCCCAUGUAUCAUCCGUUCUGUUGAGGCGAUAAUGCAGUCAGAAAUUAGAGCUGCAUGCAUCCAGGUUCUCUUUUCAGCUGUCUACCAUUUGAAGGCUGUAGUUCUUCCUUACUCAUCUGAUCUUCUUAAACUCUCACUAAAAGCUCUAAGAAGUGAAUCAGAAAAGGAAAGAAUGGCAGGCGCGAAGCUUGUGGCAUCUCUCAUGGCCAGUGAUGACAUGAUCUUGGGAAGUAUAUCAGGAGCACUAAUAGAAGCUAGAUCCAUGCUUUCAACUGUAUCUUUGACGGAUCCCUCCCAAGAGCUUCGACAAGUAUGCAAACAGUUGCUGAUGUGCAUGACUUCUACCUGAGUUGGUUUGAAGCACUUCUCCAGGAUUGAAGAUCAUAAGACCAUCCAUGUGCCUCAUAAUUACUUAAUUUAAUGAAAUUAUGCUUAUUAGUAGUUGUACAGUUAACUCUCCUGUAUAAGGAUAGAGUUUUAAGGUGGACCUUCUUUUAUUAGCUAUAUGAGGUGAGGGUCCUACUUUUUAAUUGGAGGACCCUCCAAUUCGUGGUUUGUAGCUUAACUGACGUGAUCCUUGUUAGCAGUGGCAGCUAAUGAUUUGGUCUUUGUAA